CUAUAACUUCAUGACUGGACUUGCAAACGAUGAGAUCAGAACGGGAUGAUCGGAAGAAAAUUUUGAGUAGGCACAAAGUUCUGAAACAACUCUCCCGUUCAACCCCGUUCCAGGGCGUCCACAAAGUUCGAAGACAGUUCGUAACACGUUGCUACUGCGAUCACUCCGUUCUCACACAGUUCACGCCCGUUUAGUCACAUUUUUUAGAACGUACUUCGAACGGAGUCGGUGUAUCGGGGGUGGGUUUAGUUAUCAACAUCAGCAAAAGACCUGCUAUACAUAAUGUUUUGCACCAAGUGUGGAAAACAGCUGCAAAGUCACUGGAAAUUUUGUGCGAAUUGUGGUACUACCGUUUCCAUUGACAGAGUUGCCGAAGAAGAACUUCCAGAGGCGCUUGGAGCCGUUCAUAUCGACCCGUCUUACGAUGAGGUAGACGUGCAGACAACUGUCACAUCAUUCUCUGACGAUAUAGACUGGACUAUCACUGACUAUGAUAUCGGAAGCGAUUUCGUUGAUGACGAUGUACUGGUUUCGGAAGAAGACAUGAAUGAGUACGAGAAGAUUCUUAUGGAGAGUGGAUUCAAUACGCUGAUGCAAAAGCUCGAGGAAAACAACAAUCAAUGGAAGGGUGUCGAAAUAAACAUUGCCAUUACUGGAGAGUCGGGCUGUGGAAAGUCCACGUUGAUUAAUGCUCUUCGAGACAUGAAAGCGGACGAUAUUGGAGCUGCCAAGAUUGGAUGCACUGAAACAACAAAAGAACCGACUCCUUAUCCGUACAAAGAAACUGAAAAUGUUAAGAUCUGGGACUUGCCAGGUGUGGGGACACCAAACUUUCCGAAAGAAACAUACCUUAAGACGAUAAAAAUCGAGCAAUACGACUUUAUUCUUUUGGUUUCAAGCACUCGUUACAAAGAAAACGACACAUGGCUCGCGAAAGAGAUCAAUAUCAGCUAUCCAAAUUCGAAUCUAUUUUUCAUCAGAACAAAAGUGGAUAGCGACUUAGAAAAUUAUCUUAAAGGACAUCGUAUGGCUCCACGAAUGGGACAAAGAACAAUCCUCUUGAAGACCAUCAGAGAUGAAAGCAUGGCAAAUCUUACUGCAGCUGGGAUCAAACUUGUUAAAAUGUUUUUAAUUAACAGUCAUAGACCGGAGACUUUUGAAUUUGGAAAGCUACAAACUAUGCUUAUUGAAAAGGUAUCGGCAUUAAAACGGGAUGCAAUGAUUCUUUCCUUGUCCAGCGUUUCAAAUAAUGUUGUUGCCGAGAAAAUACGUGUUUUGGAAAGAAGAAUUGGCGCUGUUUCUGUGACUGGAGCCAUUGCAGCCAUAAAGUCAGAGCGACAAAAAGGCCAGCGCUUGGAACUGGACGUACUUAUGACUGAAGUUCUCUUGUACAAACGACAACUUGGAAUAGAUGCGCAUGCCAUAAGUGUCUUCGCUAAAAUGCUUAAAAAGCAGGAGGAAGAACUCUACAUGAAGCUUAAUAUGCAUUCGCAUGCCAUUUUGAAGACUUCUUUCGCAUUUGCUAAGUUUUAUGACCAAUAUGACAAAUUUAGACCGUCGGCUUUCCAUUCGUUCCCAUUGUUUGGAAGAAUUUCGAAAGUUAGGAACUAUCAGCGCCAGUGUUCCAUGGUACUGAAGUGUCUGCUGAAGAUGUGUUCCUCGGAAUGCCACAGACUACAAACCAACCUUGCCAUUUGGCUGAACGAAUAAAGUAAAAUCGGACGAUGGCGGAAGUGCCGAGACUGAGACAAGACAACCAACGAUUCGAGUCCCUGAAAUGAAAUGCUACAAUUUUGUGAUUUUUUCAGGACUUGGCAUGCCAAAAUUUGCAAAACUUAUCGUAAUAGGAUAAAUAUCGAAAGCUAUGAAUUUGUUCUCUUGGUUUUUGUAACUCGUUAAAAAGAAGGCGACACAUGGUUUGCAGGCCAGAUAUUUGUAAGAAUCACGGAUGUCAUAAACCAGGAGCGGCUGUGGUAGAGAGAUGUAUGCUAAAAAUCUUUUCCAUGGAAUGUUACCAACUACAAGAAUAAAACUUGGCUAUAGUCAUAGGCCUAACGAAUAGCUAUUUAAUUGUUAACAUAAAUGUGUACACAUUUGAAGUGUAACGUAAUUUUAUGACACGAAACAUGUUUUAAUGAAGUCCCUUUAAAGAGCCAAUAUGAGUGUACCCGUAUUUUUGGUAUUGUAACAAAAUGUGAAUGUUUUUACUGAUUUGCAGUCAGGCCUUGGAAUUAUAUAUCCAUAGAAUUGACAAAAAUUAAACUUAAUGCGGUGGUAACUCGUAUGACAAAGUCGUUGGAUUAACUUACGUUUCCCAUGUACCGGUAAAUCAUUGCUGCAAGUGAUGUAUUUUACAGAUAUUUUUAUACACCAAAUGCGUUUAACAUUUGGAAAAUUACUUAAACAAAAUGACAAAACUAUUUAUUUAUUUUUAUUUCAGUUGUGUUGUUUUGUAAAUAAUAAAUGUUAAAUAUUAAA